CCGUGAAGGCAGCACAACACCUCCUGCUGCGUUCACGGUCCUCCUCCUCCUGUCGCAUAUUGAUCCAGCGAGCUGAUCGUCAGCUUUUGUCAGGAUGGUGUCUGUGCUGUGUAAAUGUGUGUCCGUUGUUUCUGGCUAAAGGUAUCUGGCAUUUGACGGCUUUAAUGUUCCGUGCAGCUAAUUUAAAAACCAUCGGCAAAGCGGGAACCGGCUGGCACUUUCGCCGGACGAUGGACGAGCUGGUCCAUGACCUGGUGUCAGCACUGGAGGAGAGCUCUGAGCAGGCGGCUCGUGGUGGCUUUGGUGAUGGAGGAGACCACGCGCUGGCUGUGGGCUGUCUGCUGAAGAGGCAGGCUCGGAAGCGGAGGGGUAGGAAACGACGUUCGGACAACCCGCACCCGCCUUGGGAGACGGGCCACCUCAGCGAGGGUUCAGAGUCCAGUGUGGAAGAACACAAGGACUACCGUGCCAGUACUGGGGGUGUUUCUGCUGCCAACAGCCAUGCCCGUGACAACAGCGACUCAGAUGAACAACUUGGCCCCAAACGGCGCUCCCUCCUAGCAGCAGACACAGGACGGAGCAAGCGGCCGCUUUGGCCAGACGACUUGGGCGUCCUUGGGUCCGCAGAGGGAACUCGCAGCCUUAGACGGAGACGUAAGGUCAAACGUAUGGCUGUAGAUCCACCUGUUGAACCAGAACCCCCGUCGUCCACCAUGUUAGGACCCCCACCUGUCCCCAAAGCCCGUAUUGGCGUCAGGCCACAUCGUCUUGGCCCAAGUGAGGGCAGGAGUGCCAUGGAGCUCUGUGGACUGGUGGGGCCAGCAGGAGGAGGAGGAGGAGGAGGAGGAGGAGGAGGGAAGAACAGGGUGAAGAAGAGGAAACUGGCCACCCACAGGCUGGGAAUGGACGCUGCAGAUGAAGGGGUGGUGGUAGAGAGUGAGGACCCCAUCUCUUCUCCAACAGAAGGGUCCAAAGACAAAAUGGAGUUGGAGGAGCAGAAGGGCUCAGAUGAGGACAUGAGUGACAGGUGCGAGACCAGCAGUGUCAGUAAUAGCAGCGACGGAGGCCUCUACACCAACGACGAGGGGAGGCAAGGUGAUGAUGAGCAGAGCGACUGGUUCUACGAGGGUGAGCCGGGCUCUGGUUCAGGUCCUGGAGGUGCGUGCGGCAUAGCAGGAGUGGUUCCCUGGUGGGAGAGAGAGACUGGGUCAGAGGAGCUGGACCUAGCUGACCCCGUUUUCAACAACAUCCUCACUGGGUCCUUCCCCCUUAUGAGUCCUGGAGCUCAGAGAGGGUUCCAGGCCAGGCUCAGUCGUCUCCAUGGAAACCAGCAGGCAUCUGAGGCGGGGCUGCAGGGCAGCUCGAGUCAAGGCUUCAAUGACAGAUUGGGCAGACAAAGCCAGGACUCCCAUGAACCUUGGUUUAGCUCGGGCUCGAGGAGAGAACACGGACAGUUGCAUUGGGACCCACGGUCAGACAGAGGGCAUCGGAGGAGCUGCUCGGUAAAAACAGCCAGCAGACAGACCAGCGGGCACCUCGGCUCUCUAUGUACAGGGGAUGUCAAGCGGAGGCGAAAAGCAGCCCCCCUCGGAUCAACCGCCCCCUCAGGAUUGGUCGGGGAGAACGCGCCGCCCAUCCCUGACACUAACAUGGGGAGCCGCAUGUUGCAGAGCAUGGGCUGGAGCCCGGGGAUGGGCCUGGGUCCAGAGGGCAGGGGCAUGACCGAGCCUAUCCGAGCCAUGCAGAGACCCAAAGGCACAGGUCUAGGUUUCAACUGAACGCCUGAUUUCUGAAUCCUGGAACCUGAAGCAGGCUCAGACAAAGACGCCCACAAGAGCUACAAGGAGUGUGGCUGCUCAGUGAUGAUGAACAAUUAAAAAAAAUAAAAUAAAAAUCCAGAAUAAUUCAGGAAUGUGAGUCAUGAGAAGGGAAGGAAUGAAGCUCGUCCUCACAACACAACACUCUGUGAUGAAAGAGAAACUUUCCCAUAUUGGGGAAACUUCAAGAAGCCUGGGAUAUCCAAGCAGACCACAAACAGAGAACGGCAUGUGAAAGUGACUGAAACUGACCUAGACCUCCAUGUUGGAGACAAUAAAUGACACUGAUGCCUCAUUGUUAGUGUGUUAAGCUGGCAUGCUGCCUCAGCCCUGUUACCUCAGAUGGCAAGAAAACUGGGGUAAUUUUGACCAUGACGAGUACAGAAAUGAUGACGGUGUUUUUUUUUUUUGUUUGUUUUUUUCAGUCAGCGGUUCUGGUUAGUGAAAUAAUCACACACGGUUUUGUCUGAUAUUGCACAAGAAUUGUGGAAACAAAGACUGUAUUAGUCAGCCAUACCUCAAAAGUUAUUUUAGGUUUCUUUUUAUUAGAAUGAAGUUCGGUUACACUGUUGGGGAUGUUUGUUGGAAUAUCUGGAUGUCUUUGUCAUCCGUUUUUUAUUGUUGUUUUAAUGGAAGAAGUCAUGUCAUCAGAAUGUUUAUCUAUCCAAAAAACAAACUAAAAAUCAAAACCACAGUUUUCCCUUCAUUUAGCACCACUAUGUAUGCAUGUGCAGCUAAAUGUUUACUAAGAAAACACACAGUCGGACUAGUGAAAGUCUUGCCUGACUGUCCUGUUUCACUCAGUGUGUUGAGGUGUUUUAUCCUGACAGAUGUCUGUACUGUAGACUGCAGUAUUUAGCCACGCUCAGUGACGGUACACGACAGAAUGGUUACAUGAUUGUCAUAAGAAUUUCAGUGUUUCCACACAAGUUUGGAAAUUAAUUAAACAAAUCUGAAUGUUUUCAGAACAGAAAAAUGAAGGAAUAUUGCUGACACAAAGGGCUCACAUAGCCUUUGGUGUUUUCACUUAAUCAGCCUGAUUAGAGCUUUUCUCAUCAAACAGAAGUGAAAACACCUGUUUGACUGUGCAGGCCUUUUAAUUACAUAACCAAGAUUUAAAGAAACAGUAAGUUAAAUUUUUUAUUGAAUUUUUUUUUUUUAGUUUUAGACCCCUUGUCAUUACUUAAUUGUUUUUCUUGUGUUAAUUUAGGUUAAUCAGGUAAUUUAGCUCACCUGCAACCGUAGAUUGUCCUAAAUACAGAGGUGAAAUUAUUUUAGGUGCACGUAAAGAGAUAAAGGUCUUGGCGAGGAAAAGAAAAAAAAAAUAGAAAUGAUUAUUUUCAAAAUGUGCAGGACGUUGUACUGUAACAAUAUUUGUUUCCUCGACUCCGUUGUUGUAACCGUUGAGCACCAGAUGUAUGGUCUUUUACCCCGCAAGGCCUGUUCGGAGAAGUGUGAGAUGAGCUGUCAGUGACAGAAACAAAUAUUAAACUCAGAGACUGCCUAAACUAUGUGGUAGUUAUUGUAUCACUCCC